AUGUACGUUUCUUCCAUAAGCCACGAGAGGGUGGUCUUCGUCUCUCGUGGGUGCCAUAUACCGAAAUACAUGCUUGUUACAACAACAGCGAUAUCUGGAAAUGACCUGGAACUCAUUAAAUCUAAGCUGGAGCAGCAAGGUAUGACAUACACAGAAACACUGACGGACAGGACCAAUGUGUUGGUUGCCAGGAGUACCGAAGGGAAAAAAUAUGCUUUGGCUAAGGUACACGGGAUUCCAUGUGUUACACCAGAGUGGGUGCUGUCAGGCAACUGCUCGAUGGAUCGAGUAAGUGAGUUUGGGAUUGACUACUCACUUCGAGGGCUGGAGGUGUGUACAACUUCAUUGGAUGUUGCGGAACGACAGAUGGUGCAAAGAAUUUGCGAGACUCAUCAAGCUAGGUACUCUCCCGAAAUGACCCGGAGAUGUUCAGUAUUAGUUGUUCCAAGCAGAAUAUCGGAUUUAUCACGAAACGCUAAGGUUCAGUUUGCCCGGAAGUACCAAUGCUGCGUUAAACCGUACUGUCAGUUUUCGCAACAGUACGGUGGACUAGUAGGAGUAUCGGGUCUGCGGGAUAUAUCGACGCGCAUAACCGCUCUGCGGGAGAGGUCGGGCGCAGUUGCCUACUGUUUUCCACCUAAUCUAGUAUCAGAUGAUGUGAAGGAACUAAUCAAACGCUCGGGUAUACGUCAGGCUCAGACGUUGACAAUAGUUACCACCCACGUAGUGUUGCUGGGCCCAACAACUGAAUUCUUUGCACCUCGGCCCGGCCUAGAGUUUGUCUCACUUUCCUGGCUCGAGGAGUGUGCAGCGCAAGGUCACGGGCGUGUGUGUGCGAAGCCGUAUGUUGUUUCUAGUGUUCUGAAACCAGUUAUUACAUUCACCGCUGUGCCUCAAGAGGACCGGGAGGCGUUCCGGAACUCCCUAAAGCGCGCCGGGAUGCAGUGUGUUAUACAGGACGACUUUGUGCUGGGCGCGAACAGUGUUGGCUCAUUUGCGCGCAGCAACACUACUCACCUGGUUGUGGGUAGUGCUGACGGCCUGGCAGGGUCAACUAAGGUUGCUUCAUUGGCCUGGCGAAGGUAUAAGCUACGGGUGAUUGAGUGUUUUUUUGUGCAUGUGGACUGGCUACACCACUCACUUGUGGCGGGAUAUUGGGAGGACUGCUCCCCUUUCAUCAUGAAUACACCACAGUUCUCCGAGUUUAACAAGGAGUUGGGGAAUGCGACAGUCGCAUCUGCUGGUGUGUUGGCCGACGGGCGAAGGAGUGGGAGCAGUGCAUACGGCCAUGGUUUGCAACGUCUCUCCAAGGACGUAACACCGAGGGAUUCUGUGCUCUCAAGCUCGCUCGAGCACCUGAUUGGGGAACUGGAAACAAAGACCGAUGCAACCAGUGUCACGCCUACGUCACCUGCUGUGGGUGUGGGACAGGCACAAAGUAGGUCUGCAGAGGAUCGGGGCGAGGGGGACGUAUGCGCCUGCAAUGUAGAGGUGUCCUUUAAUGCCCUUGCUUCUUCAGCGUGCGGUAGAAGGUUCGGGCGGGAAACUCCACCAGCGUCACAGAUGAUAGUCUACAAGCAAGCUGAUAUGGAGCAACCGCAAAGCGAGCGGAAAGAGAUAGAACACAGAGGGGUGUCGCCUCAUCCAGAAAAGGAAGGUGAAAGGGUUCAAAUUGACGAUACACCACGCGGGGGGCGGGGGGAGUUUUCACCUUCCCCUUGUUGUAUUAUGCUGUCGAGAUCACUUUUACAUCUGGAAGAGGAACUUUCUCAGUUGCUGCCGUUAGGACUUACGAUAGCUAUAAGUGUAGAAGAGUGCACACACUACAUUACCGAAAGACCUUCUAGAACUGAAUAUUUUCUCAGUGCCGUUGCGGCAGGGAAGUGGGUGCUCGCACCCUCGUUUAUUAAGGAAGCAAGACAAGAAAAUCGCAUUCCCCCCGAGGAGCCACACGAAUGGUGCCCGGAAAUGGCUCGAAGAGCGUCGCUUCGUAACUCCGUCUCUGAACUUGUGAAAGCGUGUCAGCUUCAACGGCGCCGAACCGAGCGGCCGUUUGCUUCCUGGACUGUUGCUUUGUGUUGUUCGACUGAUUUAAGGACGAAGAGCUUCGCCCGCGUUCUGCAAAGUGGGGGCUGCAAGGCUGUAAUUCCGUAUACACCCCAGGAGUUGGUGGAUGCUCUGCUUCAGGGGUCUGGGCCUGUCGACAGCAUAAACUUCGUCCUCUCCGACGACAACAACUGGGAGCAGGGGCAGCUUGCGGCUAUCAAUUCACGAUUGAAGGUAUAUAGGAUGGAAUACAUAGCGCACUGUCUGUGUACACUAGAACCGGAUCCCGUUAUCUACGAACUCAUGCCGAAAACUGGAGCGCGCAAACGCCCGAAGGAUUCUUCGUGA